AUGGGUGCUGUCGUCUCUUGUAUCACAAGCGUCUUCCACGCCAUCGGCGCCUGUCUCAUGGGCAUCGUCAACACCAUCGGCUCCGUCUGCAAGGCGAUCAUCGACGGCAUCGUCACCCUCUUCGAUGUGAUCAUCUCGUGCUUGACCUGCGGGUACUGUGGGAACCGUCGCCGGACGCGGGGCCGGAGGUCGAGGGUUUAA